AUGGAGGACUUAAAGGACGUCCCACCGCCCGAAGCCAGCUCUGAUGAGGACGACCUGAGUGAAUUUCUGGGUGGUACCAGUCAAAGCGCCAAAAAGAACACCGAACUGUACACAUCCGAGGAUGAAAAUGACGAUUACAACAAGCGCCGAGAGGUCUCAAAGAUCAAACCAUCCACGUUUGUUUCGCGAGCUCGGGAACAUGCACUGCCCAGGAUGUUCAAUGCACAGGGGACCCGGGGAACCGCGACGCAACCAAGAUCCGUGGCAAGUGGUCAGCCAAAUAGAAAGCCGAAAGAAGAGCUCGGCGACUCUUUCGACUCGGGCCCCUCUCAAGGCAGGGCGAACAAUCCGCAAGCAAACCAGUUUGUUGACCAGAAUGGGUUCACGAAAACACAGACGGCGAAGAUCAGAAGGCCCGGCGACAAAAUUGCUCGAACAUUGAAAAGGAGCUAUUCUGCUAAAGAGAUGGCUCGUGAGAGAAAGGCAGCCGCCGAAAAGCAAGGGUCUACAUCGCAAUCCACAUCGCCACCUGCAUCGCCUGUCAUGUCUAGGCUCAAAAUUCCUCAUGCGAGCAUUAGCCCGGAGCCUGCAUCGCCUAAAGCUGGCUUCAAGCGGGGGCCUUCGGCACUCGAUGAUCAAGACCACAGUCCUGAUAAGAAAUCGCUCCGUGGCCCACGCAGGAAGGUCGAUUGGGAUAGUCCGGAAAUGCCCACAAGGUUCAGAUUGCCGGAGCUUGUGAAGGACAGCGACGACAAGACCAUGAACAAAGGUGAUCCCGUAGGGGAAGAGUUUUCACAGUUGCCUGCACUCAGAUUCCCCGUUACCCAGGAUGGGAGUGACGAUGAGCUGCUAUCUCUAACAGCCGCAUCGAAUACCACGAGGCCUCUGGAAGAUCCCGUGGCGAGCAGCUACACGUUGGACGACGAUCUUUCAGAUGCCGAAGACGCAUCCGGUACUGCCAGAUGCCCAAUGUGUCGUGCCCAGGUGGACCCAGCGCUGCUCAAGAAGCAUGCUGGCGUACAUCCCAUGUCGGUGAGGCAGCAGACAGCGUUUUGUAGGCUCCAUCAGCGCAAAGAAGCCUCCCGAACGGCCGCUUAUCCUGAAGUCGACUGGGGGCACAUGGAGCAGCGUCUCAAGGACCACCGGAGAUUUCUCAAGAAGAUCCUGGAAGGCCGCGAAGCGUCACACUACGCAGAUAAGUUCCAAGACAAGCUCAAGGACAAGAUGCAGCGAACGCUCUUCAAGAGCGGAGACGCGCUGACCCCGGGUUACUUCGGACCUCGGGGCCUGCGGUUGAUGACAGAGUUCAUCGUACGGGAUCUCGGCGACGUGCUGCGGCGACGUGCGGUCGAGGACAUGCUCGUAUCUUCUCGAGGGCAUACCCGAUACGUUCAGUCGGUCCUGGUACCUGAGCUGGCUGUGUGUCUGAUCAUGGAGGACAUGUCCUUGUCAGUGAAAGAGGCAAGGGUCGUCCUUGAGGAGAGCAAGAGCGUCGGGGAGUUGCUCAAUGAAGAUGUCGGCGACGUAGUUUUUGAUGUAGUCAGUGAUCUUGAUGAUUAA